AUGGGUUGUGGUGCAAGUGUGAUCGAAAUUGAAAACAUAAAUGACGAUCCAUACUAUCAGGACAAACUAAUCAAUGAUAAGAUAAACCAUCAACUUAAUCUUGCUAAAACUAAUCCGAAAUCUACAAUUAAACUUCUUCUUCUUGGUGCAGGAGAAUCCGGAAAGUCCACAGUUGUUAAGCAAAUGAGGUUGCUUCAUAAAGGCGGAUUCACUCAACAGGAACGGAGACAAUAUGCUAAUAUAAUUUGGAGUGAUAUUAUCCAAUCCAUGAAAACAUUAAUUAUUCAAGCAAGAAAAUUGAGAAUCUCUUUGGAUUGUGAUGUUCAAGGAAGUCCCUUAAUAUCGUCGAAACAAAUAGUACUUAGAAGUGAAGGUUUGGAACAGAUUGAUACUAGUGCUGCUGGUGGGACGACUUUUAUUAAUGAUUACUUGUUGAAAUAUAGUGAGCAGAAGAAAAGUAAACGAAGGAUGAGAAGUACUGGUGUCACUAAAGGCGCUCUGUUUUGGGACGCUGAUGCACAAGAUGACGAAGAGCAAGAUGGUAUCGAGGAGGAAGAUCUAGUAGAAUACUACCAAGUUCGUCAGUCAAAACAAAGUUAUACAAGAAAAGAAAUUGCUGAAGCAAUUCAUAACUUGUGGAAAAAGGAUAGCGGGAUAAGACGAUGUUUUGAGCGCUGUAAUGAAUUUCAAUUCGAGUCAAGUGCUGGAUACUAUUUCGAUAAUGUUUUCAAUUUCGCUGAUCCUAAUUACUUGUGUAAUGAUACAGAUAUUCUCAAAGGAAGAAUCAAGACUACUGGGAUUUCUGAGAACAAUUUUACCAUCAACAACCAUCAAUUUAAAGUGUAUGAUGCCGGGGGACAAAGAUCAGAAAGAAAGAAAUGGAUACACUGUUUUGAAGGUAUAACUGCUGUAUUGUUUGUGUUAGCAAUAUCCGAAUAUGAUCAAAUGUUAUUUGAAGAUGAAAGAGUUAAUCGAAUGCACGAAUCAAUUGUUCUAUUUGACUCCAUUUGUAAUUCUAAAUGGUUUUACAACACUCCAUGCAUACUUUUCUUGAAUAAGAUUGAUAUAUUUGAAAAGAAAAUCAAGAGAAAUCCACUCAAGAAGUACUUUCCUGAUUAUAGUGGCGACCCCAGUGAUUUUGAAGAAGCAAUGAAGUUUUUUGAAACAAAUUUCCUCUUGAUGAAUAGAACAAAUAAACCGAUAUAUAUUCAUAGAACUUGUGCUACUGAUACGACGUCCAUGAAAUUCGUCCUCUCGGCUGUAACUGAUAUGAUUGUCCAACAAAACUUGAAAAAGAGUGGAGUAAUGUAAAUAUAGUUUAUGCUUUUAACUUGUUUAACUUAAUUAAUAUAUAUAUUUUUUCAGUAUAUGUAUAAAAGAAAAGAAAAUUCCUGUUUUAUAAAGAACAAAGUUCACUCUUAACUGUAUAGGUGUAGUUGGUUGGAUAUGUGCAUAUUUUGGGUGGAAAGGUCUGGUGAAUUGAACAGUAUUCUCUUAAAAUGCAAUUUCGUAAAUAUCAUCUAUUUACAAGAUUACCAUCUCAUCAUAGCCAUUUCAUUUCUGUUUCUACCGUAAUCCAUUAAGGCUUCGAUUUGACCAGUACCAGAAACAACAAUAUCAUUGUCCCAAACCUUGGCUUGACCCCAGGCCUUGAUGUCCUUGGUGGUGAUGGCAUCAAUCUUUUGGAAAGCAUCAGCAAGGGAGUUUCUGUGUCCAACUAAUAAUAACUUGGAACCAAGGUCGUUAGCAACAGCAGUAGUGCUGUUUAAUUCCCCAGCUAAAGCAACCUUAACUUGAGCCUUGGCACGAGCAACUUCGGCAUCGGAGAUAGAAAUAGAUAAUCUGUUCCAUUCCUUCAAGGCAAAGUGGACAAAUUCAUCAACCCUGGUAAUAUUGGAGAUUUCAGAAGAGAAACCCCAAAGACCAGCAUCAGAAUAUGAGGUGGAGAAGUGGGUGUACUUGUCAACAAUAUCGUAUUCUUGAACAAUGGUGGCCAACUUUGGAGAAGUGUAGUGGGCAAGGGUAGUGUUCUUGUCAAAAGAUCCAAAUACUGCAGCAGCAACCUUGGCAAGGUAGUAACCUGGAGAGUUUAAUCCUUCACCGUUAACAGCAAUGGAAACAUAAGCCUUUGGUAAGGUGUCAUCUCUCAUUCUAACUUCAGAACCCAAGAAGGUGGCUGGCUUAACUUGUGGCUUUAAUCCAGCUUCAACCUUUAAUGAGCUUUCAAUGGCAUCAACAAGGGCAUCAUGGUCAACCUUACCAGAAGCGGCAAUAACAGUGUUGGAACCAUUGAUUUGUCUUUGUAAAUGACGGGUAACAUCGUCUAAUUCCAAUCCAGAAAUAGAUUCAGUGGUACCUAAAGUUGGUAAACCUAAAGAGUAACCUUGGAAGGCAGAAGCAUCCAAGUGAGAUAAGAUCUUGGCUUGUGGAGUAGAUUCAACGGCAGCAGCUUCAGCAAUUAAAGCAUUCUUAACACUUUGGAAGUCAGCCUUGGCAGCAACUUCAGAAGCAUUGGAAAUGAUACUGGCAACUAACUUACCAGCAGCAUUAACGUUAUCAUUGGUGGUUUGGGCAACAAUACCGUUGACUUCCUUAGAGUUGGAAGAACCCAACAAGAUUCCGUCUUGUAAUUGACCAGCUAAAAGGUUGGUGGCCAAUGCGGAAACACCGUUGUUGUAUGGGUGUUCUGAUCUAGAACCAGCACCAAAGUAAACACCAACAGUAGAACUGGAGGCAGCUGGGUUAGCUUCAGUUGCAACAGUAACUCCGUUAGAUAAGGUGGUAAACUUGGAGACAGCACUGGAAAGUAAACGACGGGUAGUCAUCACUUUUAAUGAUGAACGAACAGCAGAUCCACGAAUCAUUGCUUACUGUAGUCGGUUAUGUAUGUAUAUUUAAAGUAAAACUAAGAAAGUGUAUACAUCCG